CAAAGCGCUGCCAUGUUGGUGCUUCGCUAGUUAGCAACUUAGCACAGCUGCAAGGGGAACGAGCAGCCGCGCUUGUUUAUUCUGUCUUUGCGCCACUCAUUCAAAUCCUGGAUUUCGCCUCAUCGAAAUGUCGAAUUUAUAAACCUAUUUCCAAAUGUUAGCCCCAGUUGUGUAGUCACAUUCGUCAAACGGAAAGCGCUCUUGUACAAUGUCGGCCAAUGACGAGGGUUGUUUCUUUGACGAAUAUGACAAGCCUGGAACGGAGCGUUCACGAAGGAGGAGGGGCGAAGAUAAUGAUUUAGAGAGCGACUUGGAGGACGAUUUGUUUGAAGAAUUUUCACCGUUGGGUAAGAAGAAUCUUUCUGAAGAUGACGAAGAGUUGAACGACGCGCUUCUUCAGAGUGACGAGGAGGAACACGAGAGCUUUCGCCUGCAAGGGAUCACGCAGGACUUCCCAGACGACACUUUAAACCCGGGCGCCAACUACUUCGAGGAUGUGGACGCCGAACCGGAUUAUCCGCAGAACCAAGUUGGCGAGUUAUAUGCUGAGAACUACACUCGGGAUGACCUGCCCGAAGAACAAGUGGAUUACACCACAGACGAAGUCCUGGACAUCCAAAUCAAUGAGUCCAUCGACGGAGAAUUUCAAGACAAUGAAUAUCAAACCUAUGAGGAGGGAGGAGGAUUCGAGCAGGAAGUGGCCCCUGAGGAGGAGAAUUUGGGGGAUGAACAGGAGGAAGCGGCAGAAGUCUCUCGGGUCUUUGAAAAGCAAACGGUUGAAAAUGAAGUCCUCCCUGAAGAAUUACCAAAGGAGGAAUCUGAUGACGACGAGGAAGAAGAUGGAGACUCUGGUCGUAUCCGCUUCAAGUCAGAGAGAAAGGAUGCCGUUGUCGUGCGCUUGGCUGACGCGGGCAACAAGCGAAGGAACAUCCCGGAAACACUCGAACUGUCAGAGAAGGCCAAAAAGGAUCUCGAACUUGAGCAACAAGAACGGCAGAAACGGCAAAAUCGGUACGGGGGCCGAGGAGGAAGAGGAGGAGGCUACACUGGUUUUGGACUGGCCAACAUGAGAGGGGGCCACCGAGGGAGAAUGAAUGACCACAGCUUCCACCUGAGGGGCAACAUGGGAUUGCGGCAGUCCUCUCGAAUGCCUCUCCUUCAUCUUCCCCAUCAACAGCCGCAGCAGCACCACCACCACCACCACCAGCUAUUGUCCCGGCCGCGGGGACCCCACCCCUUCCCGGAGCACGGCCGGCCGCACGGACAGCAGCCCCUGCAGCCCCUCAUCACGCCGCACAUCACUCACCGCUCGCCGCCGCGGCAGCCCCAAAUGGAGCCGCCGCCGCGACUGAUGGGCUCCCCGCCGGCCGCUUUCGGCCAUCCCCACAACCAACAGCAGCAUCACCACCACCACCACCACCACCACAAUCAGCAGCCCCCACAACCCAAAAACAUCCACAUUAAUCCCCAUUUCAGAGGUUCAGGACCAUCCUCUGUGCCAGUGCCCUUGAUGCCUCCUGCUCCGAGCCAGCCUCGGCCUGCUGUGGGCCCUCAAAGGUUCCCUGGACCGGGAGACUUCCAUCAGCACAUGCCGAAUAAUUUUGGUCAGCCCCAGCGGCUGCCUCAUCACAUGGAGCCCUUCAGAAACCAACCGCACCAAGGCCCCCAGGAUAGAGAGCCACUCUUUAUGGGAGGCCCGGAACGCGCAGAUCCGACAAGCUUUCCAGGGCAGCUCGUGUUUGAUCACCCGGGCCCCAACCCGCUCAUGAACACCAACCUGCAUCAGCAGCAGCAGCAAAUGCCCGCCCCGGGCCACAUGGGUUUCGGCCCACCAGGACCAGCUUUCGGCCAGCCCAGCCCACAGGGUGCACUAGGACUUUUCUCAAUCGACCCGCCAAGACCCAGUCUUCCCCCUCCCCAAGGCCAUCAGGGGAUGGUCGGCUUGAAUCAACAAGGACCUCCUCCCAACCAGUCCAGGCCCUUCCUGAACCCUCGUCAGCCUUUCAAUCAGCAGGGGGGCCUUUUCCCUCCUCCCCAAGCUCAAUUUGGCAUCCAGGGCUUGAUACACGGGCCGCCUCAACCUCCAAUUCAGGACUCCCUACCGUCGCACCAGCCCAUCCACCAACAGCACCAUCAGCAGCAGCCCCCCCACUUGCUGCACCACGGACAGAAUCUUUUCCAGCAACAGCUGCCGCACGGCAGUCCGAGGCAGUCCAGCCCCCGCCUCCAAAACCUACAACAGCACAACAUGGCCAACAGGCAAAGGAUGAACACGCCUGCUCCCAAGCAAAUCCACCCACAGCGCAACAGCAACCUACGGGAGCUCCCCAUAGCACCUGGCAAUGCAAGCAUCACCCCCCGCCCCGCUGCCUCCCUUGGUACCAACGUCAGGCCGGUUGUCAAGGCGACGCAGGGCGUGCGUCCUGUGCAGCCUGCUCAUGUGGUGCCCGGAGGUGGCAGAGGGAGAGGCCAGGUCGCUGCCAAUGCCACACCACAGCCCAUGGCUGCGGGCAGGACGGUGGUUCGCAACGAAAUCCCGAGCAGCGCUGAACCGCAGGACCCGGAAGAGGACGAGGAGACCCGCCAGUACCGUCUGAAGAUCGAGGAGCAGAAGCGCCUCCGAGAGGAGAUCCUGAGGAGGAAGGAGCUGAGGCGGCAGUUGCAGGCGGGCGUAAGGAAGAAAGAGCUACUGGACAGGAUCAACACUUCGACACAAAGUGUACCUUCACCGCAACCCACGGCCCAGCAAAACCAGCAAGCGCCGCCCGCCCCGCAGCUUCUGCUGCUCCCGCCGCCACAACAACAGCCACUGGAGCGUCGGCAGCCUCUGCAGCUGCAACAGCAGAGACAACGACCCCAGCAGCCGUUGAAUCAGUUGCCGGGUAAUCCCAAUGGCGUUGCUCAGGCGCAAACCCCACGUCCCAACGUCAAGUCACGCUUGGAGAUGGGAAAGGGAAAUAGCCAGCAGCCACAGACUCUCAAGCCCGGUCCGGACCAGCAGUGGAGGCAGCCCCCACAAAGCCCUCUGCAACAGCAGAGAAGGACAAGCGGACUGCCGAACGUAAACAAACAAGGCGCUCCCAACCAGUUUGCUCAGAUCCCCCGUAAAAACAUUCCUGUGACUCCCGCGCUGGGGCCCGGCCAGCCCCAGGCUCAAGGACUUAAACCUGGGGCUAAAAGAACAGUGAUGCAAUGGGCCAAGCUCGCUGACGGCGAAGGCCAUCAGGUGCCGCAGAAAGUCAGAGUGGUCAAACUUUCCGGCGUGCCUGGAAAGGGCCCGGAGACCACGGCUUUCCCAGUACAGCAGCAGCAGCAGCAGUCAACCGGCUGGCCAGAAAACUCUCUCAGACAGGGCGUCCAAAGGAAGGUCACCGUGGGGGGCGGACAACAGCUGCACGGUGCGGGCGUGAUGCAACAGGUGUGCCGAGGGGGUAUCGGCAACCUGCAGCAGAACAGGGUCGUCAUGCCGGGCCGGGGAAGAGGGGGCAUCAUUCACGUGGGUCGAGGAGGUCCAAUGGGCGCCCGGCAAGGCCUGAGGGUCAGCGAGAAUCAACGGCGCACCGUCACCAUUGAGGGCCUCUCAUCGUCCACCACUGACGUGCAGCUGCAGAGCCUUUUAAGAUCCAUUGGCCCGAUAGAGAUGUUCAGAAUGAUACCUCAGCAAAGGAAAGCAGUCGCCACCUUUUCAAGCCCCCAACAUGCCGCAAGUUUUCAAAUGAGCUUCCAUAGGCACAUGAUUGAUUUGUCCCACAUCGAUGUGAAGCUGAUUGACGGAUGAGGGGAAGCGCCUAUGAUACUCAACGAGCUCCACUGUUCUACCCCCAAACCCCUCCCGAUGCGUCCCCACCCUCACCCUACCCCUUACCCCUUAACCUCAUCGUACGACGCGUUGCCUCUGCCAUGUCGGCAGUCAGUCAGCCAUCAUGUCUGCAGGCAGGUGUCGUCCUUGGAACAGUCUGACACUACAUUAGCAUGCAUGAUUACCGAUGUCCGUCAGAGAAAAAUGACACUGGAGACGCAAUUUGGUUUUGUACAGCACAUGUGGACAUUAAGACACAGGGGUAAUGGUUGCUCCCAUGCGCCUGAACAUGACAUCAUCACACGAAAUUUGCAUUGACAAAACGAACUCGGUCAUGCCGCCCCGGCGGAAGUUGUAGGAGUCCGUGCUUCGCUCUAGGUGGCGGCAUCACAUCACUUAUUUUGAAGCGGCUGACUCAUUAAAUAGUAAUUGUCUCUCUGACCAGCACGUGGCGCUGUUCAGUUCACCAAGAGCUUCUUUUGACUGACUUUCCACACAGAUAUAAUAGCUUGGGUCAUUAUAUCUUUUAGUUAUAGAGAACAGAACCAUCGGGACUUGCUUUUUUUUUUAAUUGGCGGUUGUGCGUUGUUGGUUUGUGGUUGGUGUUUUUUUUGUUUUGUUUUUAUCAUUUUUAGGAUUGAUAUAAGCAAGGAUGUUGGAUAUUUCUCUUUGUAUGCAUUGGCUUCCUGCUCUCAUAAGUUGAAUCAUCAAUGAAAGUAUCCCGACGGUUAGGUGACUUAACAGAGGAUUGUGAAGCGCAGAGUAGCCUUAUCUUGGGGAGGGGAGGGGGGGGGGGGUUCAUAAGAAGUUCAUAACGAACGCCAUCGGGAAACUUGAUGGAUCUUCAAGGAAACGUCAACCGCAGGCGCUUUAUAAAGUUUUUGCUGCCGCCGUUUCAUUUCAGGGCUCUGACCAAUUGAUUUCCCACAAAAUUCCAAACCACCAAACAACCGUUUUUAACCUGUGCGGUUUCUGAUUUCAGAGGUCUCACUGAAAUACUGAUUUGUGGAACAUUCCACCAUAAUUUUACAACAUACCCUUGAACACAAGUGUCACAUGAAAGUCGAGAGGGCUGUCGGGGGGGCAACCAUUAUCCUUACAGAAAUAUGAUGUACAUAUCAGGACAUGAUCCAACACCGCCGCUUUGUUGGGCAUUGUUAACUUGUGUGCUGUGUCAGGUUGAAGGCAUUUUUUUAAUAUCAAAUGUCCAAGUGUAAAUAUCUUUUACUCUUUGUUUGUGUCAAAACGAAAGGAAAAAAAUGAUGACUACAUUUCUGUUCAUGAGUUGAGAGAGAAAAAACAAGAUGUCUUUUUUUUGGUGGGGGGGAAAUAAAAAAAAGAUGGCCAAUAUAACCGUGAUCGAGCGGGUAUGUGAAGCCGGUUGAACUUCAGCCUGUGUGACGUCCAUGUUUGUGCUGCGUUGUAGCAGGUAGCUGUCAUAUAUCUGUGUUCUUUCCAGAUGUCUUUUCCAUAUUCCAAAUUGCUUCUUUUAGCACUCCACUUUAUGUGGGGGUAAUCCUCACCUCAAGGGGGCGGGGGGUUUGACCUCCUGACCUCAUCUACCUCACAAUUUAUAAGGGAGGUGCCACUGAAUGUCGCGAAUUACAGACAAUAGAAUACUAGCAAAAGGUGAAUGAUUUUAUGGGGGGGGGAUGAUUCCCUAGACAUUUUUUUAGGCUUGGUUGAACGUGAAGCUGGCUAGUUUUGUCAGUUCUUUUGUACGUUACACACAGGAAGCGAGCUGUAAAUCUUGUCCCUCGAUGUUGUUUCGAUUUUUGCGGCGUGAUUCUCUAGUCACGGCUAAUGGUAAUGCAGGAUGUAGAUUCGAAAAAAACUGUUGUAGGACCUCAAUUGGUCGCUGCAUAAGCAGGGACGCAAUGCCAGAGUAGGAUGCCCCUAUGCCGACAGUCGGGGCAAAGCUUAGCAUUUUCCCUCUGUUGAGAUCAAAGUCAGUAAAUAAUGUAUCGAAAAGAUUAUCCUGAGUACCGUAUUUUCCGCACUACAAGGCGCUUCGGAUUAUAAGGCGCACCUUCAAUGACUGGCCUAUUUUAAAAACUGUUUUCAUAUAUAUGGUGCACCGCAUUAUAAGGCGCAUACAAUAGCAGCUGCGUUUUGGCUAUGCAUACACUAUAUGGUGCUAUGCUAAAGGGAAUACAAUACAAUACAGCUCGAUUUAUGCAGAGCCUUUGCAAGCGCUGCACCUGUAAAAAUGAGAACUGGUAACAAACAUGGACAUGAAACAUAUAAACAAAUGGCUUUACAAAACAAUAAAUGAAAGACAAAGUUAUAUUGACAAUUGAUUCAACAAAAAGGCACACAGACGUUUGGCCUCACAUCCACAAGGGGCGUCUUCCUUUGUUUAGUCAGUAGUUAGCGAUGCUUUUGGUAUUAUCUUCCCUGCUUAAUAUAAUACAAUACAUGCUGAUUUAUAUAGCGCUUUCACAACAGCGGCAGCUGUAACAAAGCACUUAACAAAAGAGUUAACAUAAGUAAAAUAAUAAACACAACACAUAAUGGCCUUGCGGAGCUCACACGGUGUGUUGGCGAAUGCGCAUGUCAAUUAGUGUCGGGCAGAACCCUUUUCCGUUACAAUUGGCUCCUGCCGCUAGAUGGAACACUAACAAGGAAACAACUCAAUGGGGGGGAUAUAAAGCGAGUUACAGGCUCUUUAUAUUAGGCCUAUCAGAUUAUAGGGAUGCACUGUCAGCUUUUGAGAAAAUAGAAUGCUUUUAGGUGCGCCUUAUAGGCCGGAAAAUACGGUCAUUAUCCGGGGGGGGGAGAUGUCCGCCAAUCAGGAAUACACGUAGCACGGUAGUGCCACUCACAGGUCCGUCUUGGUACUACAACAGAUAGUUGUGAUUGUCGGUGAAGCUAUCAUGUGUGGUGUCGGCCGUCUCGAGUCCACCACAUACAAUACGAACAUUCGGCUAAUGGGUACAGAUUUAUUAUUUUUUUAACUAAGUUAAUUUUUUUCCCCUCGUCGUGUGUGAGAUAUGAUGUCAAAAAUCAGUAUGUGUGUAUCUUGCUCGAAAGCUCAAACAGUCGCGACUGAACGCCGACCCACCUGUAGCCACGAAUCGCCAUUGACUGGCGUUCUGUCGCUUUGCUCCUGCCUGUGUGGAUGUACUUUGAGAAAAAAGUUCAUGAAGAAUCAAUUGGUUUGAAUAAUUUAGUGGUAUUUCCCCUCUGUGACCAAAAACACACCAAAAAAGCCUUAAUCCGAGUGUGGCGUCGUCAAGGGUAUCAUGACCACAGUUAUUUGUGGGUUGUGCAUGUGAAACUUGAAUUGUCAAUGUUCUACAUUUGUUGUCAUGAAAUGAAUUAUUAUUACUAUUCCUUUUGUUUUGAGUUGAACAGACAUUGCAAAGGUUCCUUUUUUUUCUUUUUCUGUUCAAUGUUUGUGCUAAAUCAAGUGGAUUUUUUUUUCUUAUUUUACGAUCAAGUACUGACGUUGCUAGUCAGAGUAGUUACUACGACAAGACAGAAAGCUCUUGCAAUGCCAUAGCAGAUUCACAUUGAAUCGAUUUGUACCUUGUUGAUUGAGGUAUUAUUCUUUUUUUACACAUCAUGCACUUUUUGUUUCUUUUGAUAGAACGUUUCACUCACUUGAGCAGAGAUAUGCGAAGGUUUUUGAAACCAAAUCAUUCAAAAGUUAUACUAUUUGCACCGACUGCCGUUGGAUCUUAAACGUUUCUCUACGCUGUGCUUUAACAAUUUUUUUUCACCCUCCCUGCCAGGAUCGUUUUGAUGAUCUGCAAGUAUUUUGCUGAAAUAUUAAUGAGAUUUGUUUCUUUAGGUCGCUGUCCCUUCCAGAUCUGCAGCCUGGUGGUCUUUGAGAUGCUGUAUUUCCUCAAAUAGUGGCCUCUGAAUAGACGCAACCCUUUUUUUGGACCUUUUGGGGUGUACCCUAAACUACCUCGCACAUUUUUGCUUUCUUGAGCCCAAUGCUGUUGCUAACCAAAACAGCAGCACCUCUUCAAGCCUGUAAACCAGGGCUCACCACCUCAGUACUUGAGGGCCCCACAUCCUUCAUUCUUUCGAUGUCUCCCUCCUCCAACACACCUGAUUCAAUGAUCGGGUUCCUUAACGGGUUUCUCACGAACUGGGGGUGGACAUUUAAAAAAAUGCAGGAUAGCAGGCCUUGAGGACCAGAGUUGGUGACUCCCUGUUUUAACAGACUCUCAAGUGAAUUAAAAUAAAUCUAGCCCCCCCCCCCAUCCACCACCACCACCGCAAGCCACUAUAUGAGGAAUUACGGUCGUCGUAAAAAUGCAGUGUUCAUAUCAUUGUUGAACAAUGAUUUCAUGAUGGGUCCGCUCCUCUCAUAACGGCAAAUGGGUUGUCACUUGAAUAGCGCUUUUUUACCUCGGGUACUCCCAAGCGCUUCACACCGUUACCUCAUUCACGUAUUGAUGACGUAGCAUCAGGAGCGACUUGAAGGGGGGUCGGGGGGGUCCAGUCUCAUGCUCAAGGACACUACGGCAUGGUCGCAAUGGCCGGGGUUGGGAAACCAUUCUGCACUGAACCAUGCCACGUAUUAAAUAGUAAUGUUAAUGUUUUUAUGUCUUAUGUAAUGUAUGUUGAAUUAAGGCUAGGGAAUAUUUGUCCAAUUGUUUCCUAAAUUACGAUGAGUAAGUGAGGGUCCCCCCCCC